AUGUGUAGCAGUCUUUGUAUAAUAUAUACAUGCCAUAUAAUAAAUCAUGCCAGUUCUAAAGUAGAUUUUGACACCAAUAUACAGUCGUCUCUCACUCUAGCUGCCCUCUCCAUCAGCUUGUGGUGGACUUUUGAUAGAUCACAAAGUGGUUUUGGCCUUGGAGUAGGAAUUGCUUUCUUGGCAACCUUGGUCACUCAACUACUAAUCUAUAAUGGGGUUUAUCAAUAUACAUCUCCGGAUUUUCUUUAUGUCCAUUCUUGGUUAACACAUAUAUUUUUUGCUGGUGGUAUAACAAUGGGAAAUAUUGGUCGACACCUGGCCAUGUAUGAAUGUAAAGUCGCUGCAGAAAAAUCUCAUCAAGAAUGA